AUGCGUUUCUCAACCAUUGCAAUGGCCCUCAGCGCCCUCUUCGCCGUCGGUUUCGCCGCCCCCUCGCCCCCUAGCGGAGACCCCAGCUCGCCCGGCUGCGUUGGCGGUUUCUGCGGCAACAACCUGGGCGGGCCCGGUAGCCGCGGCGGCAAGCGUUAA